AGCAGAGCUGCUCAGGUUACAUAAGAAGCAGACAGAGCUCUGAGCUCAGCUGCUCCAGCUGCCUCAUCCUAUCUCUUUAAAUGAGAGGAGCUGCUCCGCGCUGCGUGUGUGUGAGUGUGUGUGUGUGUGUGUUUGGAGGAGAAAUUACGAGACAGAGAGGGCCACUCUGUUGUGGAAGAGGACGAGGCGGCAGAAAACACAACAGAGAGGCUGUUCAGCUCGGCUUUGCAGGGGCUUUUUCCGGAGCAGGUCGUGUACCGGUUCUCCACCCUGAGCUGGACUGAUUCUGGUUCUGGACUCGGCCGCUCUUCGUGUAUGUAUGGGCUCGGCAGGCGCAUCUCUCGCCUCCCGAUAGGACAUAACGGGCAGGGCAGCCUCCUAAUAAUUAUUUAUUUCGCCCUCUCUGCGCCGCAACAUUGGGAGAAACGUGAUCGAGAGGCAGCAGCGGCAGCAGCGCGCUGAUCAUGGAUUAAUGUCCGAGUGAAUUUUCAUCUGAGAGGUUCCCAAUGUUGAACAUGUCCACCCCCAGCGAGCUGAAGUCUCCCUGUGUGACUCGUAACGGUAUGGUGAAGUUGCCCCCCAGCCAGCCCAACGGUCUGGGCAGCGCCAGCAUCACAAAGGGGACCCCCGCUGCCAAGAACCGCCUGUGCCAGUCCUCCUCAGUCCCCUCCAUCCUGCCCCCUCCACCCUCCUCCCUCCCCUACCACCACCACCACCACCUGGACGGCUCCGGCAUGCCCCACUCGGCAGCCUCUCUCUUGGGCUCCGACAUGGAGCCCGGAAAGCCUCUGGUGGGCUUGAAGCCAUCCCUUCGCCAGCUACCCCCCCUCACUCUUCCCAAACCCCUGCUGCUGGAGCGCCAGCUCGUCCUGGAUGAGAAGCUGCUCAACCGACUGCUCUGGUACUUCACCACAGGUGAAAAGUGUGUGCUGGCGCAGGUGUGCAAGACGUGGCGCAAGGUGCUAUACCAGCCCAAGUUCUGGGAGGGCGUGACCCCCAUCUUGCAUGCCAAGGAGCUAUAUACCCUGCUGCCCAACGGGGAGAAGGAGUUUGUCAGUCUACAGGCCUUCGCCCUGCGUGGCUUCCAGUCCUUCUGCUUAGUGGGCGUGUCAGACCUGGACAUUUGUGAGUUCAUCGACAACUACCCGCUGUCCAAGAAGGGGGUCCGCUCAGUCAGCCUCAAGAGGUCCACCAUCACAGACGCCGGUCUGGAGGUCAUGUUGGAGCAGAUGCAAGGCCUGAUGCACCUGGAGCUGUCAGGCUGCAACGACUUCACGGAGGCCGGCCUGUGGUCCAGCCUGAACGCCCGGCUAACCUCCCUCAGCGUCAGCGACUGCAUCAAUGUGGCGGACGACGCCAUCGCUGCUAUCUCACAGCUCCUGCCCAACCUAUCAGAGCUGAGCCUGCAGGCCUACCACGUCACCGACACGGCCAUGGCCUACUUCACAGCCAAACAGGGCUACACCACCCACACUUUGCGGCUUCACUCCUGCUGGGAGAUCACCAACCACGGUGUGGUCAACAUGGUACACAGCCUCCCCAACCUGACGGCCCUCAGCCUCUCCGGAUGCUCCAAGAUCACCGACGACGGCGUGGAGCUGGUGGCGGAGAACCUGCGUAAGCUCCGCAGCCUGGACUUAUCCUGGUGCCCCAGGAUCACCGACAUGGCCCUGGAGUACAUCGCCUGUGACCUGCAUAAACUGGAGGAACUGGUGCUGGAUAGGUGUGUGCGGAUCACAGACACUGGUUUAGGCUACUUGUCCACCAUGUCGUCAUUAAGGAGCCUCUAUCUGCGCUGGUGCUGUCAGGUGCAGGACUUCGGACUGCAGCACUUGUUUGGAAUGAGGAGUCUUCGUCUUCUCUCCCUCGCAGGCUGCCCCCUGCUGACCACCACUGGUCUGUCAGGCCUCAUCCAGCUGCAGGAGCUGGAAGAGCUGGAGCUGACCAACUGCCCGGGAGCCACAGCUGAGCUCUUCAAGUACUACUCCCAGCACCUGCCCCACUGCAUGGUCAUCGAGUAAGACCACUGACCCGCCCCACUGACCAACCGACUGACCGACCGCCAUACUUCAACCUUCCUCCUCUUUACUCCUCCUCACUCUUUUCUCAAAUGCUAGCCAGGAGACUGUACCACACCGUUCCUCAUUACCCGCCCCCUCCCUCCCUCCCUCCCUCCCUCCCUGCCCCGCCCGUCUUCCUCCACACCCAUUGAGUAGACUGACCCACAGGCGGACAGAGAGGCAGGAAGGCAGAUGAUGGUACAUGCCAGACCCAGAGGAUGAUGGGAUGGCGUUUGAGCUUGGUGUGAACAGAUGCUGGAGUGCAGAGCUUGGUGUGACGUCUUGUCUGGCAGCAAGUCUCUCUUCAGAAUCGACAGACGGAUUUAGUUCGGAAGCUUCUCGACAGACUUUGAUUUUUUUGAGCUGAGUGGACACCGAGGGGAGUCACAUGUGCCGACACACGUGCUGCGCAGAGAGAUUGAGAAAACGGAAACAAAGACCUCUGUGUUUGAGCUGAUAUGGUGGAACUCACGCACAUGCGCUCAUACACUGUAAACACACUCGCACACAUACUGUAUAUGGUAAGUGAAACAAAUGUAAGUACUCAAGACCAUGAGUUCGGACAUUUCUAUCCCCCAUCACUCGGUGUAAUAUAACUGCUGUUGGUGUCAGGGUUCAGUUUUCUCUUGCUCGGAGAGAGACACCGUACGUCAGCUGGACAAACAGGAACUAAAGGUGCAGUUCAGGAACUCUCUCUCUCCCUCCCUCCCUGUGUGUGAAGUGUGCGUCAUGGACUCACAGGUUCCCGUCUUUUUGGGACACCACCACCUUUUUCCAUUUCUGUGUCUUAUCAGAAAUCAACAAAACUUAAAAAAAAAAAAAAACAAACAAACAACUGUUUACAUUGUUUUUUUUGUGUUGGAGUUGCACGCUUGAUUGGCUCAUUUGUUUCCUCUUUUUCCCUCCCUUCUUUUAUUUUUUUUUGUACAUGUGUUAGUUAAUUUACAGACCUGAAGGAGAAGCUGUGGUAAACUGUGAAUGUUGUGUUGUUAAUGGGGAACGCGUCGCUGAAGGAGCAGCCGGUCACACAGAGAGCAGAGCCUCUGCUGCUCUCUCAGGACUGAAUCAUCUGAACAGGUGAAUGUGGUUCUUUACUGACAGCCAUGAUGUUUCUCAACUAAACUCAGUCUGAUGAAUAACCUCAGUCAGCAGCAGAUGAGAUAUUAUUCAUUUUAAACGCUGAUAGAAACCGGUGACGUUUAGUGUUUGAAUCUGAGCUGCUGUGGUUCUGAAGCUGCUUGUGUGUGAAACCCCCCCCCCCCCCCCCCCUUCUCUCGGCCAAGUCCGGUUUACCUGAAAGGUAAACAGAGGAUGCCAGAGGAUUUCAGUAUUUAAUAUUAGAGCAGUUCUCACAGUGUCCACUACAGGCCAGGGUUAGAGAGGAACAAGAGCUAAGGAUUAUGGGAGUUUUCCCUACGAACACAGAGUCAGAGAAACUUUUAAAAUCAUGUUGAAGGAUGAGCCUAGUUUACCUCAGUGAACUGAUGACAGUGGGAUCACAUGACUCCUUACAGUCCUGACUGAGCCCGACAGCAUCGUAACAUCACAGAGUUUAUAUCAAACUAAAGAAGCUGCUUUUCAACCUGGUAACAUUUCCUUUGUUGAUGGUUGGUUUAUUGGUUUGGUAAUGUACAAUUUGAAAGUGCGAACUUAAAAAGGAGUAAUGGAAACACGUGACUCCAAAUGUCGCAAAACAAUGUAAACACUCACAUGAGGUGGUUUUUCAGACUAUUAGACAAAGAAAUAUUGAAAUAGAAACAAUUUUUUUCCCAUUCAUGAAGCCAGUCCCGACUGAGAGGCAGAGUGCUGGAAAUCUGUCCUCAUGUUUAAUUGGACUGAUAUCACUAGAGGAGCAAAGCCAGCUUUAUUCAUACAACAUCACUCAAUGAAAACCAUAUGCAAUUAUGUUUUGUGCAAAACAUCCAAAAAUACGCUCUAAAGUACUGAUGAACAGCAGUUUGAAAUAUUACAGAUCCUGUUUGUAGAGCUGGGUAUCGAGGAUUGAAACAUGUCACGUCAUGCGAUACCUCAGGAGUAAAUGAGUAAAUCUCAUCAGCCUCAGUGAGCCAAUCAGCAUGCAGCAUGCUCGGGCCAGGAUCUAAUAAUGCUGGUGAUUGGCUGUUUAUUUACAUGAACAGUCUGAGUGAGUAAAGAGACUGAGCUUCAAAAUAAAACUAAAGUAAAGCUAAAACUUGUACUGUGAUGUGUGUUGUCAUUUUAUUUGAUCAAAUUCGUAUUGAAAGAAGUAUUAUUAAAAAUUGAAGUCAAGGUCUCAGCAUCAGUAAUGAUACCGGAAAUAUUUGAACGAUACCCAGCCCCAGUAUAUGUAAACCUAGUGCAAUAACAUGAGCAUAUACAUACACACAUACCAUAUACCAUCUCUAAAUCUAAGUGAGCAUUUCAAUAGAUGGAGCCUGUUGUAAGGAGGAAGUUACCAGGUCUGUUUAUUUCUACCUGGGUCUUAUUGUUAGAAACCACUAAGUUAUUAGGUUGUAAACAAACCAACAGCUUAUUUGGAAGAGAUGCUACAGGUUCCAGGUUCCCACACACACCUAAAACCGAGCUAAGCUAGGCUAAACUUCAACAUGCCUCGACUCGGACUCAGUGUUAGAGGGGAAAAAAGCAGAAGUUAUUGGUGUUAAAAGGACAAGUCAGUCGUCGUGUUUCUCCCCGCCAUCAUCUGACGUUCAGAGGAAGUGGACGAGCCCGGCGGUGAGCCACGGUGCUGCUUUCACCUCUCGUGUGUCCUCAGGACGUCGCUGACCGCAGACUGAGAGGACUGGAUCAGUGUCAGCCGGUAUUAGGUUUGUGCCAAACGCAUCGGCAGCAGUGCAUGAAAUGUGGCUGGCUGCCUGUGACUGAAGCGGACUGAGUGAACUGUACAGACACGGCAGACCAUGCAUGUUUUUUAGUUGGUCUGCGUUUCUGUUUGAAGGUUGUUCUGCAUUUCUUCAUUGUACAUAAGUAUAUUUAUUUAUUUAUCUAUUUAUUUAUUUAAAUUAAUUUGUGUCUUGUUUAUGUGAUUUAUUUAUGGAACAGACAUUUUUAAAAGGGUUUUUUGUUUUAUGGAACUUGCUUCAGAUUUGAGCCUGAAUGAGCUUAUGCAUUAACUGCUGGUUUUGUUUUUAUUUUUUUUUUAUUUUUUAAGUUUUAAAUGAUUUUCUGUCAUUUCAGGCCCCCAAGUGAAAUAAUCUACUCAUGACACCAGUGACCGUUAACAUCAUUUAUACUGAUUCGAAGAUUUUAAAUCUUCAUAAUGAGGAUAUUUCCCUCUGUGCAGGUGUGUGUCAACUCCAUAUCACUGUUUGUCCCUUUGUUCUUAGUGAAGGACCAAACAGUGGUGAUGAGUUAUAUCUGCUGUCAUUGUUCUGAGUGUGGUGAUGAUUUACAUGAAAAGCAUUUGAAGUCUGAGAUCGACCUCUGUCACGGCUGAGCGAUGUUUACCAGAACCUACGGAAGCUUAUUAGUGACGAAACCGUUAAACCUGAAAUAAAAGAGCAUGAUUCAGUGAGUUAGCUUUAGCACUAGCUCUGUGCUCGCUAGCUGUGGUUUGGGAGAGCUUUGUGGUGGCAUGAUACAAGACAACCUGAGGAUGACAGGUGUGCUGAUAUGCAGUGGUACAUUUUCAUUAUUCUAAGCAUUAGACUUCACUCAUUAACGGCCUUUUGUUAUUACUGUAACUAUCUGCUCAGAUGGAAGGCCGCCACCUAGACGCAACACUUGAUGGGUGUUUCAUAUUGUGUCCUCUGGCUUGUAGCUCCAACAUCACCUCUGGAGCUACAAGCAGAGUAACUGUAGAGUUUCAUUGUUUUCAGUUUGUUUACUAUUUAUCAUUAAUUGGCUGCUGCUGAAAUUGGCUAAAAUUGUACUUAAGUUUUGGUUUGACACAACUAAUGACUAACAUCCCCUAAAAUGCUUAUUCAUUUUUUGAAUUUAUUUUGUUUGGUUUACAUUGAGCAAAGUUAACAGUGAUUUUCUUUAUACUCUGUUAAUUUAAAGUGUCAGAUGCUCAAAUUAAAAAUCAACACUGCAGAGUUGUUUAUGAUGAAAUUGUUGAACAACAUUGGUCUGUACUUUAUUUUAAGCAGCUCUGCUCCUGCACUCUCAAACCCUGGCUCACAAUCUGAUCACUGAUCAGCACACACACGUCUCGUGCUCUUUCAGUAUUUUAGCUUUUAAUGAGCUUCUGACGGAUUCAAAUGUAAGUUUACAUAUCAUGAACUCUGACAUCUCAACAACUAACAACAGACCUUUCUGAGGUACAUAAUCUAAAGUACAUUUUCUAAGGUAAAUACUUCCUGUCACUUCUAUUACUGUCUACAGUCUUUGGUCUACAUCUGUCACCAUUUUGUUACAACCCUUGUACAGCACAACUUUAAGUAAGCAGUAAAAUAAAUACUGACAGUUUACUGAUAAUGUUGA